UGACAUUCGAUGAAGGCUCGGUUUGAUCUCUCUGAACUCGGCCUCGUCCCGCAUGCAUAUCGUUUUCGAUAUAGGAUUACUUGCAUUCACAAUAUCUUUCCCAGGACGGCUGCCACUGGCGGAGAGGCUAUAAUCGAAUGGUGUGAUGCGGGCGCUAGUGUGGGAUUCGUGGAUGUCGCGUCGUGGGCUUGAUCCGAACGAGUAUGCUGGCCGAAUCAGCGCAAUAUGAACUUCCAAUGUCUCCUCCUGAGCAGCAAUCUUUCAGCAUCCUUGCCGUACUUUCCGGGGUCAGGAUUUGCUCGAAGGGUACCCGAAGGCAUUUUGCUGUGCAAUGAUGUCAAAUAAACAAUAGCCAAACCUGGCCUUCUCCUUUGGAUUACUGCAAGAAUUUGUACGACUCGGCUGAAGAUCGUCAAACGUCCCGUCAACCGCAAAUAUGUCCGAAGAUGGAUCAUUCUUUCUUACUCCACUGAACUUAUCCUGCGCACUCGUCGGCCUUCAUGUUGCAGUUGGAACAUUAGCUUUUACGCCGGCUACCGCGCGAAUUCCGAGAAUCACUGGAGCGACCAUCGGAGCAGCAUUAUGUUUCGCGGCGCUGUUCACCACGAAUCGGGGCACUCAUGAAGGACAGAGCUUCGCAGAAGCCAUGUUUGCUAUCGCCAUUCACACUUUCGGACAGCUGGCCCUGGAGCCGCGACCGUCUGAAGCGCCAGCAUCCGCAGUGACGUUUUGGCAGAAAUGGAAAUGGGCUUAUUUCGAGGGGUUUACUCUACGUCGACGUCGACAGGAGAUCGUGCCAGAUGCGUCUCCGGCGAUGUCUUCUGUAAAGGGAAAGAGGGCUAAGCUCUCCGUGAGCUCAUCUACACCAUCCAAAUCAAACACAACACGGCAUCGCUCAACCACAGUGCAAUCUACCGCAAAUCGCAAGAGGAGCAAGACGCCACCUCUGACGCAGGAACGACCAUCGAUCCUUUCAUCUCGUUCCAAGGAGAAGACUGCAGCCCCUUUUAUUUCCCGCCGUAUCGUCUCCUUCAUCCCAAAUUGGCGCCUCUACCGCCUCUCCAAAGCCGUGCUCCAAUUCGCAGCAUUCAACUACCUCCGCAGCUCUCCUCUGUUCCCAUUUCUUCCCCCACCAAGCUACUACGAUUUUCUACCACAAGCACCAUUCCUUCUGAGCCUCGUCCGCGGAAACUUGUCUCUGCACGCGGUCCUUCUCCGCAUCGAAAUUGUCGGCACAAGCCUGAUAAUGCCCAGUCUCGCACUCUGCAGCGCGCACAAUCUCUCCGCCUUUCUCUUCGGCGGCGACGUAGACGAGGACGCGGUCCAUUGGCCGGGUCUUUACGGGUCCAUCGCCGACGCGUGGACGCUGGGACGUUGGUACAGUCAUCUUUGGCAUACGCUGAUGCGGCGGGCAUUUACCUUGCCGUGUCGCCUGGCAGUGCGGCAGAUUCUGGGCGAGAAUGGGCCUCGGACUGAUCUUGGCCGGGCGUUGAUUGUGAUUGCUGCGUUUGGGAUAUCGGGGGUCAUGCAUACUCUUACGAGUUGGAGUCCUGGGCCUUGUGCGAACAUGUCGUGGUAUGAGUUGAUUUAUCAUUUGGCGAUGGGUGUAGUGAUCAUCCUGGAGAAUUUGGCUGUCAAUCUUUAUACGCAAUGGAGAAUGAAGAGCACUGGAGGGAAGGCAUUAUCGAGGACGGAAUUGAGGGUUUGGAGAGUUUUUGGGUAUCUAUGGACGGCGUCAUGGUGGCUAGAAGUUUUCGGUGCGGGAGUAUUAUUUCCUUGGGUCAUAUGCCGAGCAGAGGCAGCGGCGGGUAUGAGAAACUAAAAUUACGCAGCAUUGAACAUGCAUUCUUUUUUUCGUAUAGCAAGCUGACCUCGUCCAUCUUGCAAUGACCUCCCUUCACCUCGAAAGGAAAAGUUCCAUUUCGCUCUU